CAAUGGCUGUCUCAAGUAACUUCCUUUUUUUUUCAGCUUCUCUUUGUUCUUCAUGGUCUCUCCUUCGAUCCAAGCUUCCUUUAGGCCUAAAGCAUUAGUUCUUCCUCUCACAAAAGAUGCUUCGACUAACCAAUAUGUCACUCAGAUCAAGCAAAGAACCCCAUUGGUGCCUGUGAAGUUGACCCUUGAUCUUGGUGCAGGAUCGCUCUGGGUCGUUUGUGACCAAGGCUAUGUCUCAUCUACCUAUAAGUCUAUCCAUUGGAAAUUACUUGUACUUGAUUAUUUUCCUAACACGGUGCUGACCGGGAUUCAGAAUGAGCGAAGUAUGACACCGUUGGGUGCACCCAAACAAAUGGAAAACUUUCUAGGAAACCUGAAAACGGUAGAGAAUUGGGAAGGCAGUGAAAUAUUUGUUCUGUCAAGACCGGUCACGCCUGUAACUCCAAUAGCAAAACCCUGUAACAGAGCAGUGGAACCGCAAGCGAAAACAAACUUGGACUCCGAAACUACUUUCCCGAAACUCUUUCCAUCAGUAGACAGGACCGCUACAACAUCUCGGGCAACCUCGCCCAAGUUGGCAAAGCCUAUAACGUUGUUGGGUGGGAAAACAUUACAAGCAUUUUUAUGGCAGCCUGAAGGAACCAAGAUCAGCAAUGUUGCUCCCUACACCGUACUGCAAACAUCUAUCUACAAAGCAGUAGUUAGAGCUUUUAUCAAGGAGAUUCCAGGUAUUCCGAGAGUUCCAGCAGUGGCUCCUUUCGGUGCAUGUUUCAAUUCUAAAGGCAUCGGGUUCAGCCGAGUUGGUCCAGGAAUGCCGAUCAUAGAUCUUAAUCUACCCAGCAAUGUCAUCUAG